GCAAGUAGAUUCAAAACGUGCGUUGCCAAAACCUGAACUUGGUAAACCAGAAGCUAGCACAACUGUGAAGAAAAUUUUUGUUGGUGGUUUAAAAGAAAAUCAUGAUGAGCAGACGUUGACAGAACAUUUCUCACAAUUUGGCAAUGUUGUAGGAGUCAAGAUUUUAACAGACAAAACAACCGGGCGCAAACGCGGUUUCGCCUUUGUAGAGUUUGACGACUAUGAUGCAGUGGACAAAGCAGUCUUGCAUAAAAACCACACAAUUAAAUAUGUUCUAGUAGAUGUAAAAAAAUCUGUCUACAAACAAGAGUUGGCUAAGAAACGUGCAACACAGGCACAACAAGGUGUACCCGCGGGUGCUGCGCCUCCGGCAAAUGGAUAUCAACAACCUGCUGCCCCGUAUGCCCAGCAGCCAGCUUACGGGUAUCCGCCACAGAUGGGCCCGCCGGCAUACAACGGAUGGGGUGGUUAUCCCCAGGCUGCACCACCGGCUGCAUAUCAACAGCCACCUCCAGCUGCACCCGUUGCAGGCUACGGAGCCUACGCAGCUCCACCACAAAACGGCGCAGCUCCCGGAUGGGGAGCUCCUGCGGCCUAUCCAGCACCAGCCGCAUGGCCUCAAAGUGGUUACGCAGCUCCACCUGCUGCCGCACCCGUACCACCACCAGCAGCUGCACCCGCCGCAGCGCCAGCGGUGAAUAGUUGGAAUGGUGCAGCUGCUCCUGCACCAGCCGCUCCCCAAAGUUUUGGUGAUUACCAACAAUCUUACAAUGGUGGUCCACAAAAAGCGGGCAGCUUACAAGGAAACCGAAUGAACCCUUACAGUGUCUCAUCGGCGCCUAGUUACGGUAAGCAAUAAAUGUAAAUAUUUAUACAUGUUUAUCGGUCCAUUAAAACAUUCAUUUGCCCUUUCCUUCUUUUCCUUAUUUGCAAUUUAAACGAAGUUUAAUAUAUUAAUUUUCAUACACGUUUAUGUCUAUUGAUGCAGGCUCUAAAAGAGCAAAACCCUUGAUCUAGAUGUAAGCUAGUUAUUUGGAUGUAAUUUACUUACAUUUCGUUAAUUAAGUGCUGACUAUGAUUUGUAAAAAGAAAAAAAA